AUGGGCUUUGCUUUAGAGCGCUUUGCGGAAGCCGUGGACCCGGCUUUCCAUUGCCAGCUGUGCAGCCAGGUGUUGGAGGAGCCCGCGUGCACGCCUUGCGGGCACGUUUUCUGCGCCAGCUGCCUGCUGCCCUGGGCGGCGCGGAGGCGCCGGUGCCCGCUGGAGUGCCAGCCGCUGGCGCCAGGCGAGCUCUACCGGGUGCUGCCGCUGCGCAGCCUGGUCCAGCAGCUGCGAGUGCAGUGCGACUACCGUGCACGGGGCUGCGGCCACACCGUGCUGCUGCGGGAGCUGGCGGCUCACGUCAAGAGCUGCGCCUUCGGCCCUGCCAGCGGCUGCGGCCGCCACUGCCCAGGCGGCUGCGGAGGCGGCGAGGAGGGAAGGCACCAGGAGAUCUCGACCCUCCUUAGUGAGGACAAGCGUGAGGGGCCACCGGGCUCCGGGGAUCGGCCUCGGGUUGCCCCCUGCAGGCGCUUGGGGAAGACGCUGCGAACGCAGCUAGGCUUGUUGCAGCGCAGGUACCAGGAGAAGUUGGCCCGGUACAUGGCGCACACACGCAACUUGGUCCGGGACCCGGGAGGCCGCCGCCGGGAUGGAGAACAGAAGUCACUCACUGUUGUGUUAGAAAGAGAAGACGAUGCUUUGGGAUUCAACAUAAUAGGAGGCAGGCGGAAUCAGAAUCACCAGAAGCAGUCCGCGACUGAAGGAAUUUAUGUUUCGAAAAUUUUAGAAAAUGGACCCGCAGACAGAGCAGACGGCCUGGAGGUCCAUGACAAAAUCCUUGAGGUCAAUGGCAAGGAUCUGUCAAAGGCCACCCAUGAAGAGGCAGUGGAAGCUUUUCGAACCGCCAAGGAGCCUAUCGUGGUGCAGGUGUUAAGACGGACUCCCCUCAGCCGACCGCCAUACGGCAUGGUCCCGGAAGUCCAGCUCAUGAAUGCCAGCACACAGACGGACAUCACAUUUGAACACAUCAUGGCUCUGGCCAAGCUUCGACCCCUCACUCCUCCAGUGCCAGACACCUGUCCGUUUCUGCUUUCAGACAGCUGCCACUCUCUCCACCCAAUGGAGCAUGGAUUUUAUGAAGACAAUGAGUACGUCCCCAAUUUGCCACCUGAGGCAGAGAGAGCAGAAGACUUCGAGUAUGAGGAGGUUGAGCUGUGUCGUGUUAGCAGUCAAGAGAAGCUGGGCCUGACGGUCUGCUACCGAACCGAUGACGAAGAAGACAUGGGCAUUUAUGUCAGCGAGGUUGACCCAAAUAGCAUUGCUGCCAAGGAUGGCCGGAUUCGAGAAGGAGAUCGUAUUUUACAAAUAAAUGGGGAAGACAUCCAGAACCGGGAAGAGGCCGUGGCUCUGCUGUCGAGCGAGGAGUGUAAGAGACUUGUGCUCCUGGUCGCCAGGCCCGACAUGCAGCUGGAUGAAGGCUGGCUGGAAGAUGAAAGGAAUGAAUUCUUAGAGGAGUUAAACUCAGAGAUGCUGGAGGAAGAACAUAAUGAAGGGGCCCAGUGCACAGCCAAGGAACUACAGCAGCCAAAGAAGCAGGAAGAAGAAGAAGGCACAACAGACACUGCGACAUCUUCUUCCAACAACCAGGAGAAGGACAGCGGAGUGGGGCGCACCGAUGAGAGCUUGCGGAAUGAUGAGAGCUCAGAGCAGGAGAAUGCAGUAGAGGACCCACAUAGAACGUCUUUGAAGACCAAGAGAGAGCUGGGGCAGAGCCAAGACACCCUAGGAAGCCUCGAGCUUCAAUGCAACGAGAGCUUUGCUGGUGGAGAGUGCUUGGACUCGGACUGUGCCAGCAACCACGAGGUGUGUGAAGGCUUCCAGCAGCUGCUGGAGCUUAAGAUUCGAAACCACGGAGACUAUGACCUGUACUACUCGAGUAGCACAAUUGAAUGCAACCGAGGGGCGCAGGACGGGGUAGAGCAUGAGCUGCAGCUGCUUAACGAAGAACUAAGAAACAUUGAGCUGGAGUGCCAGAACAUCAUGCAGGCUCACAGGCUCCAGAAAGUGACGGACCAGUAUGGAGACAUCUGGGCCCUGCAUGAUGGAGGAUUCCGAAACUACAACACCAGCCUGGAUACGACGAGGGGAAAACUGGAUGACAUCAUGGAACAUCCCGAAAAGUCAGACAAGGACAGCUCAAGUGCUUACAACACAGCCGAGAGCAGCAGAAGCACUCCACUAACUAUAGACCGAUCUCCCGACAGUUCCCUUCCAAGAAUGAUCAACCUCGCCAAUAAGAAAAAUCUGAGAAGCACAAUGACAGCCCAUCAGCCCGCUUCCAGACCGAGCACCAAGGAAUACACGUCUACCCAUGUCAAAACCACCGACGAAGGCUGCAGCAUUGAAAGCCUGGAGAAGAGUCUAGAAACUCACCAGCUUCCGGAUCAGGAAAACACAGUCAAUGAGCACACUCCAUAUCUCUCUCCUUACCACAGCUCCGCCUACAGAUAUGCCAACAUCCCUGCGCAUGCCCGGCAUUAUCAAAGCUACAUGCAGUUAAUUCAACAGAAAUCUGCCGUGGAGUACGCCCAGAGUCAGCUCAGCUUGGUGAGCAUGUGCAAGGAAUCGCAAAAGGGCUCAGAGCCCAAGAUGGAAUGGAAGGUAAAAAUUAGGAGUGACGGGACCCGGUACAUAACAAAGAGACCAGUGCGAGACCGAAUUCUGAAGGAACGUGCCUUAAAGAUCAAGGAGGAGAGGAGUGGCAUGACCACAGACGAUGACACCAUGAGUGAGAUGAAAAUGGGGCGCUACUGGAGCAAGGAGGAGAGAAAGCAACACCUGGUCCGGGCCAAGGAGCAACGCCGGCGCAGGGAGUUCAUGAUGCGGAGCCGGCUGGAGUGUCUCAAGGAGAGCCCGCAGAGCAGCGGCGAGGGCAAGAAGGAGUUGAGCAUCAUUGAACUGAGCCACAAAAAGAUGAUGAAAAAGAGAAACAAGAAAAUUUUGGAUAACUGGAUGACAAUCCAAGAACUGAUGACCCACGGAGCCAAGUCUCCAGAUGGCACGAGAGUCCAUAAUGCCUUUCUGUCGGUGACCACCGUAUGA